GAAAUUAGUUGUUAUCGAUAACACUUCAGCUGUUGCUCUGCACACGUGCGCCUUGAAAUCUUUUUAUUGUUAUUUGAACUUUGUUAAUUUUUGGCUUUAACAUGAGCGACGAUGAGGAGACCUACGAACCGAGGGCGCACAAGAAGCUCCUGCAAGCCAUCGGCAGUCUGGGCAAGGUGCAGCACAUUCAAAAGUCAACCCGCGACGAGCGCCAAUCGCGCCAGGAUGAGUUUCAGUUGGUGAAGAGCGUGUCGUCGGUGGAAACGGACCGGGCGCCCCGGUCAGUGGGUCUUCACGAUCUGGUGGACAUCCUGCGCACGUCCACGAAGCACAGCCAGACGGGCAAGAAGCUCAAGAACGUCCAAGGCAGCAAGAAGGUGUUAGAAAAGCCACUGGAAAAACCGGCGGCGGAUCGCAUUAAACGAACUAUUGGAUACGAGGGAGUAACCAAGAAGCUAGGCCGCUGGGAUGCUGUGGUCGCCCAACAGCGGUCGGCGGAGACUCAGAUUUUCCCCAUACCCUCUGAAACGAUCUACGUUAACACUUCGGCAAAAGCACGUCCGCUUAACACUCGCAUAAAAUCCAAUCUUGCCAAGGAACUGGAAGCCAGCAACCGUAAACUACGUGAGCUGCGCAAGGCGCAGAUAGGCGACACCACGGAUGAAAAAGAAGAGGCCAAAAAGGAACGUCAGUUGUUGCAGAAGAAGCUUACGCGGGAUGAGCUCUUCGCGCGCCGGAAGGAGCUGGCCUACCUAAAGAUGCGCGAAUCCCAAAAGUCAGCCAAAGCACGCAUGCAAAAUAAAAUCAAAUCUAAGAAGUUCCACAAGCUGCAGAAGCGGCAGAAAAUGUUGGAGCAAAUGAAGGAGUUCGAGCUGUUGCAGAAAACCAACCCGGAGGCUGCGCUGGAGAAGCUUAACGCUUUGGAAAAAAGCCGAGUGCAGGAGCGUGCGAGUCUGCGGCACAAAAACACCGGCACCUGGGCAAAGAAUCUGCAGGUACGGGCCAAAUACGACAAGGAUGUGCGAAAGGAUCUGGCCGAGCAAUUAGCUGUUAGCCGGGAGUUGACACAGAAAAAGCAGGAAUCCGACAGCGAGGAGGAGGAAGCCAGCAGGAAGAGAUUGGCUGCUGAGGAGGAGGACAUUGACUACGAUCCCUUAAACCCUUGGACAAAGCGAAAAACUGCUGAGAUUGCUGAAAACGGCAAUGCUGAGAGUGAGGAACCUAAUUGGCGGCAAUAUUGGACAAAACGGAAUAUAAAUGAAAAAUUAUUGGAGGAACAUCGCAGGGACAUUGAAGAAGCGGAGGAAGGCUUGGAAAAUAAACAACAAGAAGACGCAGAAGAAACUGACGAACAACCAAUAACCAAAGCAAAACCGGCCAAGAAAGUGCUUAAGAAAUCAAAAGUUAAAAUAGAAAAUGGCUGGCAAGUCGAAGAGGUUGAGCCCAAAAAACUCAAAGGAAAAGCUGACUCGAAAUCAAUCGAUGAUAUUUUUGAAAAGCACGAGGAUCACAUAAGAGCCAAACUUAGCAAGAAACUUGAGAAACUAAAGAAACGGGUGGACAAACUCAAGGAAGCUCCCGUCAAAGGAAAGAAAACGAAAAAGAGAGACGCGCUGAAAAACCUUAAAAGUCUGGCCUUAAAAAAGACAAAACAGCAAAUUGAGAUCGAUGAACCCUUAAAUUAUGAACAGGAGAAGGAGUCUCAAAAGAAAAUCCCAGUUCAAACAGAUCAAGAAGCCGCGGAAAAUCCAACUGUCGAUACCAUAGAUCCCAACAAGGUGACAACUUUGGUGUUUGCUCAGAAGAAAUCAGGUGCGAGUGGCAUUAAUGAUGCCCUCAUCGAUGAUGAGACGGCGGAAUACGAUGAGGCAGAUGCGGCGGCCGAACGCCAGUUGACCAUUAGUCAAGCCUUCGAGGACGAUGACAUUAUUGCUGAUUUCAAUCGUGACAAAACCAAGGACUCUGAGCUGAAAAACACGGAGCUGCAGCUCGCCAUGCCAGGAUGGGGUUCCUGGGCGGGUGCCGGCAUUUCGCAGGCGGUGAUGGAAAGGCGCAAUAAGCGACUGCUUCUGAAGCUGGCUGCUCCGGAAAAGCGACGUGACGACAACAAGGAUAACCUCUACGUGAACGAAACGGCCAACAAAGUGGCUCGCGAGCACUUGGUCUCCAGCAUCCCGUUUCCCUUCAAAUCCCUGGCAGAUUACGAGGCCAGCAUUCGUGCCCCGAUUGGCAGGAGCUUUGUGCCCGAGACGGCCUUUAGGAUGCUAACCCGUCCUCCUGUUAUCACGCGGAAGGGACAGGUCAUCGAGCCCAUGGCGGAAAGCGAAUUGGUUAAACCCGAAAGACGCCUGCGCCACGUUGUGGAUCAGAGGAUAAAACGCAUACCGAAGGUGCCGCCCAAGGCCACAACAGUUUAAAACUAGUAUAAGAUAUUAAAAUAAAUGAUAUUAAAGCUAUGUUUAAAUACAUAAUUGAAAAAAUUAUGGAAAUAAUGUAACGAACAUUUAAAUCUGGGAACACUUUCAUAAUUAUAGCAAAAGUGGGAACACUUA